AUGCCUCCAGGGAUGCCGUCUGCGCUGUCCUUCCUGGAGAGCCCGUCCAACGUGACGGCGUCGCCGGGCCGGGCGGCGCGGCUGCGGUGCCGCGUGCAGGCAGUGGGGGGGCCACCCGAGCUGGGCUGGCUGCGUGACGGGCGCCCGCUGCGCUGGGCCGACACCGACCAGGCCCAGGUGCCGCUCAGCGAGCGCCUCUGGCUCGGCACCAGCGAGCUCAGCCUCCCGUCACUGCAGCCCUCGGAUGCCGGGCGCUACCAGUGCUGGGUGCGCAGCAGCGGCCGGGAGCUGCUCUCGGCCCCCGCACUCCUGCAGCUCGAAGGGCUGCCACUGUUCGUGGAGGAGCCACAGGACGCGCAGGUGGCGGCCGACACCCCCUUCACGCUGCGGUGCCGGGCGCGGGGCCCCCCCGAGCCCGUGUGGCUGCUCUGGCUGCGCGAUGGGGCCCCCCUGCAGCCCCCCCCGCCCGCCGGCGCCCCCCCCCUGCUCCACGUGCCCGGGCUCAACCGCAGCGCGACCUUCUCCUGCGAGGCUCGAAACGCCCGCGGCGUCAGCACCUCCCGUACAGCCGCGGUCACGGUGGUGCCGCAGCCCCCCUGCAACCUGGCGCUGGUGACACCCGGACCCCGGUGGCUGCAGAUGACCUGGGAGCCGGGGCCCAGCGGGGAGGCGCCCAUCACCCUCUGCACCCUGCAGGCAGUGCCUGCGGAUGAAGCCGGGGGGGCUCCGGGGGCCGUGUCCCGCGCGGUACCCGUGCCCCCCUUUGCCCUGCGCCUCGAGGGGCUCCAGCCCUUUGCCGCCUACCGGGCCCGCGUCGGCUGUCGCAGCGCCCAGGGACCCUCGCCCUGGGGCUCCUGGGUGCCCAUGAGCACCCUGGAGGACGCGCCCGAGGCGCCCCCCGAGAACGUGAGCGCGGAGCGGGCAGGCAGCCGGGCCCGCGUGCGCUGGGCGGCCCCGCGUGGGCGCCUCAACGGGGCCCUGCGCGGCUACCGGGUGGGCUACGAGCGCCCCGGUGCCCCCGAGGUGGUGCUGGACGUGGGGCUGGCGCAGGAGGUGACGCUGGAGCUGCCGCCGGGGACGCCGGAUGUCACCGUGCGCGUGCGGCCCUACACGGGCGCCGGCGCCGGGCCCUGGAGCCGCCGCGUGGCCCUGCCGCCCCGUGAGCCCCGGCCUCCCCCUGUCCCUGCGGAGAGCCUGUCCCCACGCGGUGAGCUGGCCGUGCACUACCGCGCACAGCGCUCCUACAGCCGGCGGCCGCCUGACGCCACGCUGAGCAGCCUGGGCGUCAGCGCGGAGCUGCAGGAGAAGCUGCGGGACGUCCUGGUGGAGCAGGACAGGGUGGCCCUGGGCAAGACCCUGGGGGAGGGUGAGAUGGGGACGUGGGGGACACGAGGGGGACAUGAGAGAACAUGGGGGGACAAGGGGGUGCUGCCCGGGAGGACCCUCGUGGGCUUCAUGGCCGACAUCGCCAGCGGGAUGGAGUAUCUGAGCGGCAAGAGCUUCAUCCACCGUGACCUGGCGGCGCGAAACUGCAUGCUGGACGAGCGGCUCCGCGUGCGCGUCGCCGACUUCGGCCUCGCCAAGAAGGUGCUGGGGGGCGGCUACUACCGGCAGGGCCGCGUGGCCAAGAUGCCCGUCAAGUGGGUGGCCCCUGAGAGCCUCGCGGACCGGGUGUACACGACGCAGAGCGACGUG